AUGUCGCUUUCUUCGAAAUGCCUUGGAGGAAUACAUCAGUUUGGUAUCCAUCUCUGCGGUGCUGAGCAAGCCAGUCCCAACAGAUUAACCACACAUGAAGCUGACGACGAAAAUGGCAGUCUAAAACCACUGGCAAUGAACUUCAUAAAGGCAAAACGCUUAUGGGCCGCCACGAAAAUAAGCAGAAGGCAGUUUCAUGGACAAGAGAAGCAACAGCAGCAGGAGGAGCGUUCAAAGAAUACGAGUAAGUGUCAUCCAAUCCCGCCUACUAGUAAGGUGGUUACUCUAGAGGAAUGGAUUUUAUCCUCACCAGGUCCCAACAGAAGCUAUACCAGUGGAGGUGAUUUACAUGAUAGCGGUCUAAAAGGAUCAUUGAUGAAAUUCAUGAAGCCAAGAAGAUCAUGGGCUGCCAUGAAAAUAGGAAAAAAGCAGUUUCAUGGACAAGAAUAUCAGCAGCAGCUUUUGAAGAUACCUCUAAGAGUCCAUCCAUCAUUUGAUGGAGAACAUGAAGAUUUUGAGCCUAAUUCUAAAGCAAGUUUUCCUGUGGAGACUCCAAUGGAGAUUAAUAAAAGCGAAAAGGGGCAGUUGGAGAAUACCUCAUUAUGCACAAACGAAAGCGGAAAGAUGAAGAAGAUAGUAAGCUUUAGAAAUCCAGUAGUAGCUGAUGUAUUCUUACUCGUAUCACCACAGACAAACUCAUGA